CAAAGCCAUGUAGCUAACGCUAAUGCUAACCGCGGUCUCUUUGCUGCAUCCGCCAUAUUGUCAACCAGGAGACGCCAAGAGAGCGUUUCGGAAUUUGGUGAGAGCUGAGUGAUGACUUUUUUGAUUCCUGUGCCCCCUGACUAAACUGCUGGAUGUCCUCUCUCAUACCAAUUAAAAUCAGCUUAUGCUCCUCCAUAAAGCCAUCACAUUCGCUUUCAUCAGCACCACCACCCAUCUGCUGCUUGGAGGAAACCUCCAAGGUGUUCCAGAGAAUAUCGUGUGUAGAAUAUGUCCGGCCCUGUUCCAAGCCGUUCCCGAGUUUACCCUGAUGUAAACACACAGAGACCCAGAGAAUACUGGGACUAUGAGUCCCACGUGGUGGAGUGGGGGAAUCAGGAUGACUACCAGCUGGUGCGAAAGCUGGGCCGGGGAAAAUACAGCGAAGUGUUCGAAGCCAUAAACAUCACAAACAACGAGAAAGUUGUCGUCAAAAUACUGAAGCCAGUGAAAAAGAAGAAAAUCAAGCGAGAAAUUAAAAUUCUGGAGAAUUUAAGAGGCGGCCCCAACAUCAUUACUCUUCUAGACAUCGUCAAGGAUCCUGUUUCCCGGACACCAGCACUGGUAUUUGAACAUGUCAACAACACAGACUUCAAGCAAUUAUAUCAGACUUUAUCUGACUACGACAUACGCUUUUACAUGUAUGAGAUUCUGAAGGCCCUGGAUUAUUGUCACAGCAUGGGGAUCAUGCACAGAGACGUGAAGCCACACAACGUAAUGAUCGAUCACGAGCACAGAAAGCUUCGUUUGAUUGACUGGGGCUUGGCAGAGUUCUACCACCCGAAUCAGGAGUACAACGUCCGGGUCGCCUCCAGAUACUUCAAAGGUCCAGAGCUUCUGGUAGAUUACCAGAUGUAUGACUACAGCCUGGACAUGUGGAGUUUGGGAUGCAUGCUGGCCAGUAUGAUUUUCCGGAAGGAGCCGUUUUUCCACGGACAUGACAACUACGACCAGCUCGUACGAAUUGCAAAAGUACUGGGCACAGAAGACUUGUAUGACUACAUUGACAAAUAUAACAUUGAACUGGACCCGCGAUUCAAUGACAUUUUGGGCAGGCACUCCCGUAAGAGAUGGGAGCGUUUUGUGCACAGUGAAAACCAGCACCUGGUGAGCACAGAGGCACUGGACUUUCUGGACAAGCUACUGCGCUAUGACCACCAGGCCAGGCUCACUGCCCGAGAGGCCAUGGAUCAUCCUUACUUCUACCCCAUCGUGAAGGACCAGGGCAGAGGAGCUCCAGCCGCUGGGUUGGCUGCUAGCUCUACCCCUGUCAGCUCCUCCAGCAUGAUGGCUGGUAUCACCUCUAUGUCCUCCACUACACAGCCUAUCGCCAACCUCGCUGGAUCUCCUGUCAUCUCUACACCCAACACUCUGGCCACGCAGGUCCCUGCUGCCACGGGAGCCCAGCCCUGAUCAUCCAGUGAACCUCCUCAGUGCCCGUCUCCCAGUAGCCCCCCUCCCCUCCCCUCCCCUCCCGGCCCUCUCUCUCCUUUUCUUUGUGCUCCCACCGUGCCCUUGGGCGGGGCCACGACCUUCGUUUGUAUUAUUAUUGUUAUUAUGUUGAGAAUAACACAGAGCUAAUGUUAAGUUACCCGUUUUUUUGUUUUUUUUUUCACCCUCGUCUUCAGUUCUAAUAUUUAGGGGAUAUGGACUCAGAUGGACCAUUAUUUUGCACCUGCCUGAAAGAGUUAAGGCAUAUGGGUGCUCGAUCUCUCAGUGACUGUCGUAAGAAACACAAUGAAAGUACAAUGUAGACCUGAAGAAGGAUAAUAAAAUUUAUUUUAUAUGUCCAAACAAAAAACAAAAAAAGCCCUCUCUUGCUUGAACCGGUUCUCUGACUGAUUUUUCGUGUUACUACACUGUGAAUUGUGACACAACUUCUCCAUACAGUAAAACAGGAUCAUGUGCAGUGUUGACAGUCGCACCAGGUCUGCUGUAAUUUUUCGUGGAGCCUCAGUCGUAUUGUUGACAUAGAGUGAUGUUGUCGGACUAGGGUGGGCGGGGCUCUUAAGAUACUCGACGGUAUCUGUCAGAGCACGCGACUCGGCUGCUGAGUGUUGGCUGGUCAAUAGUAUGCCAAUUUUGUGUUACUCUCACCUCUGUGUGUAUGUGUAUGCGAGUGUGAGGUAUCAUUUUUUUUUUUUUUAAUUUUAAUUUUAAUUUUUUUUUUUUGGGUAAGUGAUGCCUCUGACUCAUAUGUUUGAUAUCAUAAAAAAUGUUUUGUAACUUUUUUUUUUUUUUU